AUGGUCAACCUGGGGCUGCGGCGGGUGGAGGACAGCGUGGCCGCCAAGCACCCGGCGCUGCAGCAGUACGCGGCCUGCCAGUCCCACGCCUUCAUGAAGGGCAUCGGCACCUUCCUGGCAGGCAGCGGAGCCGCCUUCGCCGUGCAGAAGCUGGUGAACAAGAAGCUGCCGUACAGCCUGCAGUGGAGCCUGCUGCUGGCCGGGGCCGCAGGGUCCCUCGCCAGCUACGUGGUAACCAGAGCUGAGACGCAGAAAUGCUCUGACUUCUGGAUUUACCUGGAGACAGGCAAGUCCCCACAGGAGCUCACCAUGGCUGGUAGGGUGUCGCAGCCCGCAGUUGCAGAGAAUCUGCCCGGCCCAGAGGACAGAGAGAGUGCGGCACUGCCGGUGAGGAGGAACAAGUACGGGGACGUUGUGGAGUAGCCAGCAGAGCACAGUGCACGGUGCCCGUGUCCUGCUUCACCCCUUGCUGCCUGCCCCUGCCUGUGCUGCCUGCGAGACUGGUGGGCUCAGUAGCACUGCCUGGGAGCUCGGAUGAGUCGAUCCUGCAGUGAGAGCGUGGUGGAGGCACCGUAGGGAUUGCUGCCUCCCAGGUGGCCUCUGAACAUCGCAUGUGGGGGGCACAAUAAAAGUCGAGAGCUGAAAGCACACGUUAUGAACGCAGCGAAGGCUGGCAGUGGGACAGGAAGAGCUGCGGUGCAGGUGGUAAACAUCACCCUGAGGCAGCCCCUGGAGUAAAUGGUGGAGCAGAGAGCUCUGGUCCCUUUG